AUGGCUUCAAAUGAUGACGAUGAGCUAAAGGGGGCUUGGUAUUUUGGAUCAAAUGCAUACGAUUCACAGUCAAGCUCCAGUUCUGACGAGGAACCACAAGAAAUUGAUGCACAACAAAUAGAACAACAAGAUCAACGUAAACCAAGGCUUACAAACGAGUUGAGGCAUGUCAAUUUACAUGAAAUGUUGUCACUUAAAGUAAGUGACUCACUCCCACAUGGUACAUUCGUACGAAUAGCAAACAAAUACGGUUACACACCAAGAUCAAUUCGAAACUUAUGGAAACGUGCAAUUGAAACCAAAGAAGAAAACAAGCCUUAUGUUGUCGAUUCAAAGUACAAGAAUUGUGGAAGAAAAAGAGUUCAAGUGCCACCAAACGUACUUGAAUCAAAACCAAUGGGUGAACGUACAUGCAUAAGAGAUGUUGCAACAUGCUUAGACUUGGCACCAACAACGGUUUGGCGAUUGAUACGAAGGGGGGUGAUUAAGGCACAUUCAAAUCCAUUACACCCUUAUUUAACGGAUGCAAACAAGGCAAGUAGGGUUGAGUUGAUUUUAAGUCUCAUUCAAGAAGAUACAAUUCAUCGUCAUCCAAUGUAUAAAGGUAUGUAUGACUUCAUACAUAUUGAUGAAAAAUGGUUUUACUUAACCAAGAAGACACAAAGAGUUUAUCUAGCACACAAAGAAAAAAUUCCAUAUAGAGCGGGAAAGUCAUCAAAAUUCAUUCCAAAAGCCAUGUUUUUAGGGGCGGUUGCAAGGCCUACAUGGAAUCAAUAUGGCCAAUGCACAUUUGAUGGGAAAAUCAGAAUUUUCCCUUUCGUAAGUAGGGUUGCAGCACAAAGAAAUUCAAUUAACCGUCCAAAGGGGUCUAUAGAAAUUAAACCAACUGAUUCAGUUACUCAGGAAGUUUAUAGGAGCAUGCUCAUAGAACAAUUAAUUCCAGCAAUUCUUAGAAAAUGGCCAAGUGAUGGUCCAUCGAUAAUUUUCAUCCAACAAGAUAAUGCAAGGGUUCACAUAACAAAUGAUGAUCCAAUUUGGCAACAAAACAACAGUAAAAAUGGAGUAAAAAUGAGGAAUGAACAGGGGAUAAAAGCUAAGAAAGCCAUGGAAGAAAGUCAAAGAAGAGAGAGAAAGCAACGACUUCUUUUGGGGAGAGGAAGCAGAAUAUAUUGA